CUUUCCCAGCAUUCAAGCAUCUAAGCAUAGAAUCUCUUUACCUCGUUAUCUACUUCUACAUCUCCAUCUACAUCUACACCCACAAACCCCUCACCCUUCCCCAAUCACAACCUCCACCACCAACAACAACAACUAAAGAAAAUGUCUUCCCCUCCCGAAAUCCCCUCGACCCAAUGGGCCCAGGUAGUCGAAGAGAAAGGCCACCCGCCAGUCUACAAGCAGAUCCCCGUCGGCAAGCCGGGCCCGGACCAGAUCCUGGUCAAGAUCCGGUACACGGGGGUGUGCCACACGGACCUGCACGCGAUGAAGGGGGACUGGCCGCUGCCGCUCAAGCAGCCGCUGGUGGGCGGGCACGAGGGGGCGGGGAUCGUGGUGGCGCGCGGCGACCUGGUCACGGAGUUCGAGGUCGGCGACCACGCGGGCAUCAAGUGGCUGAACGGGUCGUGCCUGGCCUGUGAGUUCUGCAAGCAGGCGGACGAGCCCCUGUGCCCGCACGCCGAGCUGUCCGGCUACACUGUCGACGGCACCUUCCAGCAGUACGCCCUGGCCAAGGCGAGCCACGCCUCCAAGCUGCCCAAGGAGGUGGCCCUGGACGCCGUCGCCCCGAUCCUCUGCGCCGGCAUCACCGUCUACAAGGGCCUGAAGGAGUCCGGUGUGCGGCCCGGCCAGACCGUCGCCAUCGUCGGGGCCGGCGGCGGGCUUGGCUCGUUGGCGCUGCAGUACGCGAAGGCCAUGGGACUGCGCACCAUUGCCAUCGACGGCGGAGAGGAGAAGAAGGAGAUGUGUCAGAAGUUGGGCUCGGAGGCAUACAUCGACUUCACCACCUCCAGCGACAUCGUCGCCGACGUCAAAGCCGCCACCCCGGAGGGUCUCGGCGCCCACGCCGUCAUCCUCCUGGCCGUGGCCGAGAAGCCCUUCCAGCAGGCGACCGAGUACGUGCGCUCGCGCGGCAGCGUCGUCGCCAUCGGCCUGCCCGGCAACGCCUUCCUCCGCGCCCCCGUCUUUAACACCGUCGUCCGCAUGGUCAACAUCAAGGGCAGCUACGUCGGCAACCGCCAGGAUGGCGUUGAGGCCGUCGACUUCUUCGCCCGCGGACUGAUCAACGCCCCCUUCAAGACGGCGCCCCUGAAGGAUCUCCCCAAGAUCUUCGAGUUGAUGGAACAAGGCAAGAUCGCUGGCCGCUAUGUCCUCGAAGUCCCCGAGUAAAUGCAUCCUUUUCUCGCUGGAUCGGGAUAGUAUCCGUUUUACGAAGGUGACGACGAUAAGACCCUCUAUCUACCUUUGCUUUCUAUUUGUCUCUUAAUUUCUAAACCGU